AUGAAUAAGCCUAAGCGGAAGAAACAGAAGAAGAACAACCAGCAGCCAUCACCUUCUGCUGUGUUGGAUGCCACUGAUGUUGUGAUGGACAAAUCAGGGCAUGACAGCACAAAUGUGGGAGCUCCAUCAGGGGCUUCUGAUGUUACUAUCAGUCCCAGAAUUGGAGAGGGUCCAGAAUAUACCAAGUUAAACUCUACCGAUGAUUUCUUGGAGGAAAAUAAAGUGAAUAAACACUACUCUCAGAAAUCUAAGCUCAAGAAACAGAUGAAAAAUAAGCACGAGCAAUCUCCUUCUGCUCUACUGGAUACUUGUGCUGCUGUGGAGGAUAAAUCUGGAAGUAGUUACGUAGAUGGGAAAGGUUCGCUAGGAGCUACUGAUAUUAGUACGAGUUCCAGAACUGGAAAGGAUCAUGACUGUCCUGAGGUAAACAUAGCUAAUGAUUUGGUGGAGGUAAAGAAUGGGAAUAACAACAACUCACAGAAACCUAAGAACAGGGAACGGAAAAGGAAGAAGAUGGCUCCAGUAGCUGUUACUGAGACACCCCCUGUGGGUGGUGUCAGCUCAGAUGAAAGGAAGGAUGUGUUUGAGACAGGCUCCAUGAAGGUUACAGCUAAGUCAACUAUUAUUUCCAUGACCUCCACCUCAGGAGAAAAUUACAAAGAAAAUGUCCGGGACAUCUACUCACCAGAAGGGUCGCUUGUAAGGUUUCAGAGGAAAAAACUUCUUAUUCUUGAUAUUAACGGUAUACUUGCGGAUAUCAAUACAGACCGCGAUGUUGCUCACAUGGCAGAUGGAAGGGUUCGAGGAAAAAAUGUCUUCAAAAGAUAUUACCUUGAUGAUUUUCUGAGAUUUUGCUUCCAGAACUUCGAGCUAGGGAUAUGGUCAUCGAGAAUGAAAGUAAAUGUGGAUGCUGUUCUUGAUAUCCUUAUGAAAGAUCUCAGGCGACACUUGCUAUUCUUCUGGGACGCUUCUCAAUGCACUACUACUAAUCGUGGUACUCUUGAAAACCGCUACAAACCAUUAGUAUUGAAGGAACUAAAGAAACUGUGGAAUAAAGAGGACCCUGAUCUUCCAUGGGAGCAAGGGGAAUUUUCACCUUCAAAUACUUUGCUUGUGGAUGAUUCUCCUUACAAGGCUCUGCGCAAUCCGCCACACACUGCCAUUUUUCCACAACCCUAUAGCUAUCAUAUGGAGGAGGAUGAAUCAUUGGGACCAGGUGGAGAUCUUCGUGUGUAUCUAGAGAACAUUGCUGCUGCAGAUGAUGUUCAGCGGUAUGUCCAGGAGCACCCUUUUGGUCAACCUUCCAUUACCGAGAGUCAUCCACAUUGGAAUUUCUAUGCGAAAAUACAUUGCACUGGAUAGACUCGAAUAUUCAGAUAGACGUGCAUGGUUGUGAGCUUCCGUACAGUGUCAGCAAGAGAUUUAGUGGGGCUUGUGUUGGUUGUUGGAUGGCAGGAAGUCCCCCUCUCAAGUUUUGUUUGUUCACUUAGCAUGGCUGCCUGUAGGCCUGUUUUGUUGCAUAGAUCAUUGGUCAGUAGAUAUAGCCGAUUCCAACAAUUUUGAUACUUUGUUUAGCUACGUGCUUAUCCUAAACUAGACGAACAUGUGAGCUUUGCCUCGCCGCCUGCAUGACGUUUUCUCACAGCGUGACUGGUGCGAGUUAUUUGGUGGCAGUAAACCUUUUAGCUUUGUUUGAUUCUUUUUACCUGUUUUGUAUUGCUACCUGAGUUUAUUUGGAUUAGAUAUGCUGAUCAGAUCAUA